GAUUUGAAAUUACAUUAGAAAGGCUGUAAUUUCAAAUCCAAAAUUACAGGUCUCAGCUCUGCUCUCAUUCUCUCGCUCUCUUUCCUCUCAGUACUCUCUGUCGUGCGACGCUCUCUCUCCUGCUUCACCAUCUUCGGCGUUUAGGAUUCUUCUCAUUCUCUCUCCUACGUGAAGCGAUCUUCUGUUCGAGGAGGAAGUACCCCAGGCCUCUGCAUAUCUGAACAAAUACAUCGACAAUGGGGAAUAUAUUUUCACAUUAUUGGAUCAUAAAUUAGAGCCUACCGGAUGAUCAAAAAUUAGAUUGGAUCUUAUUAUGUAUUGACGGAUUGGCAUAGUGAAGGUUUUACUCUUUGUAUAAUCAAUGAGUACACAAAUAUUGGAAAUUCAGCCUCGUGAACUUUGUUUCACUGUUGAAGCAAAGAAACAGAGUUCAUGCACAAUUCAACUGGCCAAUAAAUCAGAUCAGCAUGUUGCUUUUAAGGUAAAAACUACAUCCCCAAAGAAAUAUUGUGUGCGUCCUAAUGUGGGCAUCAUCAAGCCAAAUGGGAAAAAUGACUUCACAGUCACUAUGCAAAUUCAGCGUGCUGCUCCUCUUGACUUGCAGUGCAAAGACAAAUUCUUAAUUCAAUGCACUGCUGUUUCAAGCGGGACUGCAGAGGAAGCCAUUACAUCUGACUUGUUUGCUAAAGAUUCUGGCAAACAUGUUGAAGAGAGAAAGUUGAGAGUUAUCCUUGUUAGCUCACCUCAGUCCCCUGUUCUUGCACCUGUUAACGGAGUUGCAAAUCAAGAUUUGUCACAUGAUAUCCCACAAAAUGAUAAAGUACCCAGUGGGGUUGAUAAUCUCCCCCCAUUUCACAAGGAACCAGAUGGGUUAAAAAAUGCAAAACCAACGGAGGACUCGAGGAUAACUAGUGAUGCAGAUUCCAUAUUGUCUGAUGGUGCGAAUGAGCUGGUAAUAGCCAAACGUAUUGAUUCCAGCGAAGUAAAAAAUUUGGAGGAAAUGAUGUUCCCUAAAAAUGAAAUGGAAGAUGACCUAAAGAAAGAGUCCGAGGAGCUGAAGUCAAAAAUUGAUGUUGUGGGAUCAAAGCUCGUCGAGGCUGAGCAAAUUGUUGCGAAGCUAACAGAAGAGAGAAUGAAGUCCAUGGAAGACAAGGAAGUGGUCAAGCGAGAACUAGCACUGGUGAAGCGGAAGCUUGGUGGAAAGACAGUUCAUAUGGGUUUUCCUCUGCUGUAUAUAUGUAUGGUGGCACUUAUCUCUCUGUCAGUGGGAUAUCUGAUGCAGUAGGUGGCUGAAUAUGAUUUCAGCUAUAAAGGUUUGUUCUUUACUAUAUAGUUGGAAUUUUUGUUGAUGUCGGUUGCUAUGAGGCAGUGUUUGAUGGUAAUUGUAAAUGGGAGUUGAGGCAUCUAUUAAAACAUCAGUAAUUGAAGAGAAUAUAGCAAGAGAAAAAAGCGAGAAUUCCAUUAUUUUUCCUGACACAAUAUUUGUGUUAAUUUACACAACUGUACAUUUUAUUCUUGGGUGGGAUACAUGUACACAACCAUUAGUACGACUCGGAGAUUGUACAAUUUUAUUAGUAUUAGUAUGAUUCUUUUUAAUUGUACACUUUGACAAAAAGAUUGGUUACAUCAAUUCACUCUUUAUGAUACCUGAUUAUUAAGUCUU